GCGAUAUAUAGUAAUGGUUAUCGUUUUAUCAAAUAAGCUUCCGAAACAUUUGUGCGGGAGAGAGAGCAGAUCUCGUCGCCUGGUCCGACGACCAGUUUACAUCAGUAGCAUCAACGUUCAUGGAUAUCCCUUCGGAAGUAGUGAUCGCGUCUCAGUUUCCUGCCUUAAAUAUAGGUUGAUUUUGAUUCUUAUUCGUAUCUUUCAACGUGGUCAUCCUACGCUAUGUACAAGACAAGGGAAAAGAUAGAACUGGGUCUCGAUAACGUCAUCUUUCAAAUAGAUGAGUCCCAUGUUGGAAAUGGCGAGACAAGGUGUUACUUUGAAAACUCAACGGCCGUUUUGGACGAGCAAGUCAUUGAUUCAAGUAAAGAGCGCGCAACAUGGAACAACAGUGUGGAAUUCCUUAUGUCAUGUAUCGCUGUGUCGGUCGGUUUUGGUAAUAUUUGGCGAUUUCCGUUUACGGCUUAUGAAAAUGGCGGCGGUGCCUUUCUCAUUCCGUACGUAAUCCUGCUCUUUCUGGUGGGCAAACCAUUUUACUUUUUGGAGAUGAUCAUCGGACAGUUCUCCGGCAGCUCAUCUGUUAAAGUCUGGAACAUGUCACCGAGUUUUGUCGUAGCGGUCUGUCUGAACGACUGAUGCAGUAAUAUUGCCCGAGCUCUUUCUAAGUUUCGUCCCCUCCAUCACAUUUCUUCAGGAAUGCAUAUGAAUUGUUCAACCAACACAAGCAAGAGAUCAAAAAUGCAAGCGCCGAUAUACGACAGUUUUAUUAAUGUAAUAAAAGAUUUUUUUAAGGACAUUCGACGUAUUAAUACGACAUAUUUCGCGAUGACAUCAUGAAUGUAAUUUUGAUACAUUGCAACGUUGCCAAAUAAUAUACAUAAUGAUAUAAAAUUUAAAGAUCGAGAUGCACUGCGCCAAAUAGUGCGCAUAAUGAUUGUAUGUCCCACCCGUUGUAAUCUUAUACUCGCCACAGUAUUCGAGCUCUCUCUUCUACUCAUAGUAAUCCUAUACUUAUAGCAUUCGCGCUCUCUCUUCUACCCGUUGUAAUCUUAUACUCGCCAUAGUAUUCGAGCUCUCUCUUCUACUCAUAGUAAUCCUAUACUUAUAGCAUUCGCGCUCUCUCUUCUACCCGUUUUAUUCUCUCUCACGUUCUCU